UACAUACCUGUUUUCUUCCUCCUUACUCAGAGCUUUGGGACUCAUGACUAUGGUAGCCCACACAGGAACGUCGAAAAAGGCCUACUUUUGUUAUAUGCCCUGAUGAAGACUCCAUCCCUCAUCCACAAACUUGACUGCAUUGUUCUGGAUGGUGGAUACAACGGGUUUGUUGGCCAAAUUGUGGAUGCAUCAGAAGAGCUAAGUCAUGGGAAUUUCUCUUAUCCUGUGCGUAAGACCAGGGGAAUUGCUUUGACAGAUAUAGAGACCCAGUAUAACAAGGCUUUUGGUGGAUUUCGAUCCAAAAUCGAAAGCUGCUUUGCAGAUCUCCAGUCUACGUUUGCUAAGUUCACGCACAAUGCACCUGUCCGAUUUGCCGAUGAAAAGACAUUCGAACUCCAGUUCAAGCUGUGUUGUCUACUCAUGAAUAUAAAGAAGGCGGUAGCAAGUCAGAACAUUGCCAUUCAGCCACACCAUGGAUUCUGGAUGCAGGAUGGAUUUGACUUC